CUAUCUCAAUAUCAUGCUUUGGUAAACUUUACUUCGUGUUUAUGCAGUGCUCAUUAUUACAUUGUUCCACCACUAUAUCCUAUAUAUAUACCAAACAAAGCAUAUCAUUUUAUUGAUCCUUGUUACAAAGACUAGUUUAUAGAAAUGGCCCUAGUACAUAAGCUUAUUUCGCUCUAUCUCGUCGCGUUGUUCGUUAGCGACCUCAUCGCCUGCUAUGGAAAUUUAGAAGGUGACACCACCAUUGGCGAUCUCGUCGGCGGCGCUUCUUUAUGCGGCACCGCAUCUUAUCCUUCUCAUUUUAUGUCGCCCUUUGACGAAAGAUUCGAUCGAGUUGGUGUAUCACAAGUUUCGCGAUCAAAUGUUUUCAAUGUGGAUUACUAUGGCGCUAAAGGUGAUGGUAAAACCGACGACACGAAGGCAUUUGGAAAGGCCUGGGCACAUGCUUGCUCCUCUUCUGUUUCAGCUGUUCUUUUGGUUCCUAAAAAGAAGAGUUAUCUCCUUAAGCAAAUCACAUUCUCUGGCUCAUGCAAAUCAAGUGUGACAUUGGUGAUCAAGGGAAACAUCGAAGCACCUUCGAAACUGUCCGAUUGGAAGUUGGGGGAUCAAAGACACUGGAUACUAUUCAAUGGUAUCAGAAAUCUUUCGGUGACGGGCGGUGGAACGAUAAAUGGUAAUGGAAAGAUGUGGUGGCUACACUCAUGCAAAGUGAACAAAUCUCUCCCUUGCAAGGAUGCCCCAACGGCUAUGACAUUCUAUUCUUGCAAGAACUUGAGGGUGGAGAACUUGAGCGUGCGGAAUAGCCCGCAAAUUCAAGUAUCUUUUGAGAAGAGCACGAACGUGAAAACGAGCAACCUCACCAUAACCGCGCCAUCGUGGAGCCCUAACACCGACGGCAUUCAUGUGGCACACACGCAAAAUAUAGAGAUUACCAAUUGUGUAAUCAGAACAGGUGACGACUGCAUUUCGAUCGCUACUGGAUCUCAAGGUGUUAACAUUAUGAAAAUAAUAUGUGGACCUGGUCAUGGAAUAAGCAUUGGGAGCUUAGGAGCAAGAAACUCAAAAGCCCAAGUCUCAAAUGUAACUGUAGACACAGCACAACUAAUUGGAACCCAAAAUGGAGCAAGGAUCAAAACAUGGCAGGGAGGGAGUGGCUAUGUAAGAGCUGUAGUAUUUAAAAAUAUCAUGAUGGAUAAUGUUGAAAACCCCAUAAUUAUUGACCAAAAUUAUUGCGACUCUAGCAAGGCAUGCAAAAUUCAGAAAUCAGCUGUGGAAGUAAGCAACAUAUUGUAUGAAAACAUCAAGGGGACAAGUGCUUCUCAAUUUGCUAUCACCUUCAACUGCAGCAAAAGCAUUCCCUGCCAUGGGAUUACUAUGCAAAACAUUAACUUGGUUGGGCAAAAUAAAAAAUCCACAAUAAGUGCAUGUGAUAAUGCAAUGUGGACUAAGAAGGGAAAUGUUAUUCCCACUCCUUGUGUGUAUAAUUAAUAAAGGAAAAUAAGGAUGAGGAGGUUGUAAAAUGCAGUGAUAAUUAGACAAUGUAAAUGGAAUAAAUCACAUAUUGUCCAUACUUUUCUCUUUUAAAAGAAUUUAAUGGUUUGUUA